CCGGGCUCGCGCUGCAGCGGCGGCGGCGUUAGGGAAGGAGGAGGAAGCGGAGGAUGGCGGCGGAGCGACACCUCUGAAGUGAAGGAUGCGAGCUCUUGUGCCCCGUUUCGUCCCCGUUCCGAUCCCCACGAGAGAGUUUCUACAGUCCAGACGAGCAUGAGGGUCCCCGCCUCCUCCAUCGCGUCCCGUCUCCCUCGCGUCACCGAGUGUUAAUGGAAACAGGAGCGCUUGGGUGUUUCUCACCCGUGUUGUCCUCACACGUGUGCACCAGUAUGUACGGAUGCGCUGAAGUAUAGCAGUGAUCGCUGAUAUAUAUUUUUUAAAUAUAUAUAUAUAUAUUUUUUUAUUGGAGUUCUGAGCGAGAGAAGCGAAGGACAGAGAGAGACAGAGACAAACGGUCUCAUGCUGCGUCAGGCCGAAGUGCUUUCACCAUGAGCAGCGCUUUAGGCAAAGACAAAGACUGCAAAGACAAGGAGGCCAAAGCGCUCACGGGUAAGGAGCGCGACAAGGAGCCCAAGGCGCUCGCCGGCCUGGGGAAGGAGGGCAAGGAGCCCAAAACCAAAGGGAAAGAUGCCAAAGAUGGGAAGAAGGACGCGGGCGGGGCGCCGCCCGCCGUGGCGUUCUCCGUGGACAACACGAUAAAGCGGCCGAACCCGGCAACGGGCACGCGCAAGAAGUCGAGCAACGCCGAGGUGGCCAAGGAGCUGGUGAAGUGCCGCGACGAGAACUCGACCCGCCUGGACCUGUCCAAGCGCUCCAUCCACCUGCUCCCGUCGUCCAUCAAGGAGCUGACGCUGCUCACCGAGCUCUACCUGUACAGCAACAAGCUGCAGAGCCUCCCGGCCGAGCUGGGCUGCCUCUCCAGCCUGGUGACGCUGGCCCUCAGCGAGAACUCGCUCACCAGCCUGCCGGACUCGCUGGACAACCUAAAGAGGCUACGCAUGCUCGACCUGCGGCACAACAAGCUGCGCGAGAUCCCGGCCGUGGUGUACCGCCUCGCCUCGCUCACCACGCUCUACCUGCGCUUCAACCGCAUCACCGCCGUCGAGAAGGACAUCCGCAACCUGAGCAAGCUCACCAUGCUGAGCAUCCGCGAGAACAAGAUCAAACAGCUGCCCGCUGAGAUCGGAGAGCUGUGUAACUUGAUCACUCUGGACGUGGCCCACAAUCAGCUGGAGCACCUCCCUAAAGAGAUCGGCAACUGCACGCAGAUCACCAACCUGGACCUACAGCACAACGAGCUCCUGGACCUACCCGAGACUAUCGGCAACCUGUCGAGUAUAAACCGCCUGGGUUUACGGUACAACAGGCUGUCGGCGAUCCCCCGGUCGUUAGCCAAGUGCCGAGAGCUGGAAGAGUUAAACCUGGAGAACAACAACAUCUCGGUGCUGCCUGAGGGUCUGCUCUCCAGCCUAGUGAACCUGACCAGCCUGACGCUCGCACGCAACUGUUUCCAGUCGUACCCGGUGGGCGGGCCGUCGCAGUUCUCCACCAUCUACUCGCUGAACAUGGAGCACAACCGCAUCAACAAGAUCCCCUUCGGCAUCUUCUCCCGCGCCAAAGUCCUCAGCAAGCUCAACAUGAAGGACAACCAAUUGACGUCGCUGCCGCUGGACUUCGGAACAUGGACCAGCAUGGUGGAGCUGAACCUGGCAACAAACCAGCUGACUAAAAUCCCAGAGGACAUCUGCGGCCUCGCGUCGCUCGAGGUCCUCAUAUUGUCCAACAACCUACUGAAGAAGUUACCUCACGGCAUCGGGAACCUGCGGAAGCUGCGCGAGCUCGACCUCGAGGAGAACAAGCUGGAGUCGCUCCCGAACGAGAUCGCCUACCUGAAAGACCUACAAAAACUCGUGUUGACCAAUAAUCAGCUGACCACGCUGCCGAGAGGGAUCGGUCACCUGACCAACCUGACUCACCUGGGACUGGGAGAGAAUCUCCUGCAGCACCUGCCCGAGGAGAUCGGCACUCUGGAGAACCUGGAGGAGCUGUACCUAAACGACAACCCCAACCUUCACGGGCUGCCCUUCGAGCUGGCGCUGUGCAGCAAGCUGUCCAUCAUGAGCAUCGAGAACUGCCCCCUGAGCCAGCUCCCUCCGCAGAUCGUCGCAGGCGGCCCGUCCUUCAUCAUCCAGUUCCUCAAGAUGCAGGGUCCGUACCGUGCCAUGGUCUGAUCCCUGCAACACCAACCAACGAACGAACGAACGAACAAACACAGACUAGUCCAUGUGCGGUUUCAAGACGUCAAAUACAAAAGGAGAGAGAGAGAGAAAGCGAGGGCACGAUGACGAUUAUCCCUUUCAUAAACCAGAUUAGGACGCAGUCACGGUUCUUGUGAUGUCAUCGAACACACAACCAAGAACUAAUAAUAAUAAUAAUAAUACUCAUGUUCUGCUUCACUGAGAGAGAGAGAGAGAGAGAGAGAGAAAUAAUGAGGCUGAUUAUUCAGAAUCAGUUUCAGUCCAUGCAGACGUUUUUAACCGAACGGACCAAUCGUAACGUCCGACAGGAAGGACGAGAGCAUUUAAUACGACGCCAGGUCGGAUCUGGACGUGUCGCUAAAUCAGCUUGGUGUCCCGGCGCUCCGGAGCCGCGUUGCCAAAUCCUCUUCAUCGUUUUUACACCAGUUGUAUGCAAAAACACGUUUAUUUCUAAUCGUUCAUUUCAUCGUUUGCUGCUGCUGCUGCUGCCAUAACCAUUUAUUUUUGUUUAUUUGUUUUUUUUUUUGGUGUUUUUUUUAAGAUUCUGUUUCUCUUAAUAUACUCCCUGUCUAUUAUUAUUAUUAUUAUUAUUAUUAUUAUUAUUUUUGAAAACGGUCCCCAUGGUUUCGUUUUUGUACAGAGGUUGUUGGGUAAGUGCGAACAAGUUGUGUAGUUGUGAAACCUUUUUUUUUUUUUUUUUUUAUAUAGCUAUAUACAUAUAUAAACAUAUAUAUAGAUAUAUACAAACACACACACACAUAUUGAAAUUGUGCCUAUCCAGCAUGAAUGGCUGGUUUGUUUUCUGACCGUAAUUUCUUUC